AUGGGCUGGCUCGACGGACGACAUGAAAGCUGCAUGAAGCUUGGUGCCGUCAACAUGUUAUCUCGACGCGCUCUCAUCGCCGUGUCCAUCACUGUCUGCGCUCUCAUCGUGCUCGCCUUGAGCUCCAGUCGCUUGGGCGAAUGGACUGCCGCCGGCCUCAACUACAAGCACCUACCGCCGCAUCACCCUGCGCCGGCAGGACAUCCGGGCCACCCGCACAAGCCGCCGCCUGUGGGCGACAACGAUCACGUCGCGCCCAGUGACGACGAUGAGGCUCCUGAUGUUAUUGACACUCCCAACGUCCCCGACACCAAGGCGAAAGAGGACCCUCCCAAGGAGCCUGCAGCUAAUGGACUCUUCUUCCGCCCCAAGGACCCGGUGUGCGACAGCUUCCCUGACACGAGCAACAUACUUCUCGUCAUGAAGACGGGCGCAACCGAGGCUUUCAACCGUGUGCCGACGCAGCUGAUGACCAUGCUGAAGUGCGUACCAGAAUAUUUUAUCUUUUCCGACCUCGCCGAGACGAUCGGCGGCUACCAGAUUCGCGACAGUCUUGAUACCGUCCUUGCCGCGGCCAUGGACGGCAACAAAGACUUUGACCUCUACCGCCGCCAACAGGCAUGCGCCGUCGACCAGGAAAGCUGCAACAAACUAGCCGUGGACAAGAAUGAAGGUUGGAACCUUGACAAGUACAAAAAUGUUCACAUCGCCGAGAAGACUUUUAACAUGCGACCCAACUACGAAUGGUACAUCUUCGUUGACGCUGAUACGUACGUCCUCUGGCCUACCCUUGUCCAGUGGCUGAAGCGCCUCGACCCUCGCAAGAAGCACUACCUGGGGAGCGUUACGAUGCUCCAUGGGUUCAGCUUCGGUCACGGCGGCUCAGGCUACAUCAUUUCGCACGCCGCGAUGAAGGAGAUGGUCGCCGACCAUCCCGGUGUCGCAAACCAGUUCGAUACGCAGAUCCAGCAAGAGUGCUGUGGCGACUACAUCUUUGCGCGCGCCCUCGACAACACCACCCAGACGCGCGUCAGAAACACCUGGCCUACGAUCAACGGCGAGAAGCCUUUCACCCUCCCCUUCGGCCCCAACCACUGGUGUCACCCCAUUGUCACCAUGCAUCACAUGAACAGCGAAGAAAUUUCCACCUUCUGGGAAUACGAGUCGCGUCGCUAUGCUGCCCAGGAUAUGCCAUCCACGCCACCCGCUCUACGUAUCAAAGACAUUUACCACGAGUUCGUCAAGCCACGCCUACACGACUCCAUAGACGACUGGCACAACCUCAGCGAUGACCGAUUUUACUUUGUCGAAACCCCCGGCGGCCGCCAGUUUGGCGAUCACGAAAAGGGACGCGUCAAGACUGAAGAGUUGACGGAACUGGAGAAGCGCGCCCAUCUAUCUUUCGACGACUGUCGCGCCGCCUGCGAAGAAAUCACGGGUUGCUUCCAAUUCCAUUUUGAUGAUGGACUGUGUGCUGUCAGCUGGAGCUUCAAGAUGGGUCACCCAAUAAAGAAGGACGACGAGGACAGGAAACGCAUGCGCAGCGGGUGGAACAUGAACCGCAUCAACGCAUUCAUUGAGCAGGCAGGUGAUUGUGGCGAUGUCAAGUGGCCCGAAGUUUCUUGA